AUGACAAAAAUAAGAAAAUAUUUUGGACCAUCAGGGCAGGAAUACCUAACAGCUGACCAGCCCACCAGAGACCUUCCAAAAGGUUGUUAUGAUACAGUGGAUGGAAUAUAUAACCCAAAAUGCAAAUUUAUCUUGAGCCACAAUACUUGUGAUAAUGAUGUAUCGAUUCCAACUGAAGACAAAAUAAAGUGGAUAAAAGAGAACUGCAGAAAAGCCUGGGACGAACCCACUGGUUACCGACCAGAUUUAUAUGAAAAUUGGAAUGCUGGUAGAAGAAGAGAACCAAAAUAUUUCGAUUUUACAAAAAAUACAACAAAUUUGAAGCAAACUGAUAAUUAUUAUCAUGAGAUACCAUACAAAGAUUCUAAUUUAUACAGUUUUAUCAAAAAAGGUACUGAAAGAUACAUUAGAGACAAGUAA